GCAGUUUUGUACACAACAUCGUCAUAAGUCUUGCUGUUGCGUGCAUGCAUGGUUUUGGCGGGAAAACACUUUGGCCUUUCGGCAAAUCUUACACGUGGCUCGGUUGUCUGCACAAACCUCAGCAAAUGUGUGGACACUCUGUUUGACGUCUGCGAAGCGGUGUCUACGAGGCGCUUGUUGUCUGCUACCGUGCCGUCUGUGUUUGUGCUGAAGUGUCAUCACGGUAUGAGGGCUUGCGCGUGAGCUAUGAGCCAUGGUCGUGUCUGCACAUCGACCAUUUACCCUUGCAUCUUCCAGACUCACAUCAGACCACCAAGUAUCCAUAUCGCUUGCUUCUCGCGCGUGUUCGUUCGUGUGCAGUGUGGCGUUGCAUUUUGCAUCUCACUCGUAUCAGCAACUACCGGUGCUGAGGGCUGCUUCGACAUACACACGACAGCGACAGCGAGGAGAAGAUCCAGAGACGUCCAGCACCAACUGAUUGAGCGUGUCAGAAGUGACAGAGAUGUCCUCGAACGAUGUGUUUGGGGCAGGCAGGGAUCAGGACGGGGCUGUGUCUAAUGGAAGCGGGCAAGCUGCAUUCAACAGCCACGACCAGGCCCGCCCGUUUGUGCAAGCCCCCGGCAUGAACUGGUACAAGGCCACACCCCACUUCGAUGAUGCUGCAAGCUCCAGCCCCAGCAGCAAGCAGAACCCAGGCUCUGGAGCUCUUGGGCCGUUGCAGCCCAACAACAAUGAGUCCUCCCCGGCCACUGCUACGACUGCUCAGCGCACCCUGAGCCCCCGUGUUCAAGACCGCAGCGGCUUCUCAGACGGUGGCAUCAGCUCCAUGUCCAACAGCAUGCUUCACACCAGCACGCCCAUUAAAGAUGGGAAUGGCACCCCCACCUCAAGCAGCACCAGCACCACGCCCAGCCACGGCAGUCUCAGAGGAGAUGCAAGCAGCUACGCCGUGCAACAGCCGAACCAUCAGCAGCAGCAACAGCAACAGCAGCAACAGCAACAGCAGCAACAGCAACAGCAACAGCAGAAACAGCCAGGCAAACAACAGCAGCAGUCCUCAUCAAGUCUUCCGGGUCUCCCAAGAGACCCUCAACAAGCUCCGCAAACGGCGGUUCAAGCCAACAACUACAACGCAUCAGCUGGACGUAUGGGCCCUGCCCCUGCUCAACUCGCGCCAGCAUCACGUAGCAUGCCGCCUCGUGCCACCUUUGCUGAAACCCAGGCAGCCCCACCACCAGCCACCCCAGUCGCUCCAGCUGACCAAACCACUGCCGUGUCACACGCCUCCGCCUUCAGCAACAGCGGCAACAAUGGUAGCAAUGGCAACACCAGCACCGCCACCACCACUACCACCACCUCCUCCUCGUCUUCCUCCUCCAACAACCACAACAACAAUAGCAGCAGCAGCCCCAUCCCCGCUCUAAGCAGCAUCACCCCCACCACCCCUGAGAUUCCCAGCACCCUGGCGAUGCUUUACGCCACGUCGAUGGUUCCACAACACGCAAGUCUGCAUUCUUGUGCUCAGCUUCCUGAUCCACACCCAGCCAAGUUUGCCAAGACCAGUCAAGAUUACCGACGAGCCAUGAUAGAUGACCUGUACGAUGCUGGAGAAGUAGCAGAAAUGACCGUGACUGGCCUCGACCAGCACUCAAAAAGCCAUCAAGGCAGUGUGAUGCAGUGCACAAGGCGCCUGAAUGAAAUCAUUGCCCAGCUGGAAAACAGGCUCCGCGAGCGCCGCAACGCCCGCCAGCAACUGCAGGACAGUUUGAAGGAAAUGCUCGAGUUCUGGCAAGCUUGAGGUGUUAGUGAGGAGGAAUGAGAAUGAGGCGAAGAUGGCCCGUGCUGUUCAUGCACCCAACAACAGCGUGGCUUCUCUUACUCGCAACACAUACCUGAAGUUGCUUCACAUCAGUGCACUUCAACACAGCACCCAAUUACAACACAACAUUUCGCCUAACAUCCAAAUCCCACAUUGCAACCCCAAGAACACUUGCCACUGUCCGUCAGCAACAACAACCACAACAACAACAACCACAACAACAACAA